CAUUCGCGGCGGCAACGCCACCGCAUAACGCACUGACACAUCGAGCGCAUCGAGGAAAGAGCAGCACGCUACUUUAGGCAUUGAGCGCUUCUUGCUGCAGCGUGUUCACCCUUCAGCGCUCCUCUUCGUGCUCGUGAAGUGCUCAUGGAAACGGCAAUGCUCGAGAGGGGGGCGUCGCCGAAGUGUCUUCUGUGGGCUUCCAUUGGCAGGGCUGCAGAGCGCGAGCGUUCGCCGUCUUUUGAUGAUUCUGGCCUCUUCAAGGAAGAAACGGAAAGCCUCCCACGUUACCUUAAAGAACUUCCAGGCUCCCGUGACCACAAGAAGGACGCUAUUACGCCGUUAGCCCGAUCUUCAAGAAACUUCGUGCGACCGCGUCUCACGUCUGUGCCGAACGUCAUCGCCGAAAUCGUGACAGCGGCUCACUAUAAGCUAUUGCAGGAUACCCUGAUAUGUUGCACAUAUCAAAAUGGAAUUGACUGCAGCAAUGGGAACGCCGAGACCAUCGUCGGCAGCGAUGGCCUUCUGUCGGCCAGCGUGGACGCAAGUUCCCGCUGCCUUCACGUGCAACUUCACGGCAUGGAGGUGCUGCAGCGCUACUUCGUCUCCGUGGACGUUCAGAUCUAUGAAGAGACAAGUGCCUCGUCUGACGACGUCUCGUCGUAUGUAGCACUGCAGCCAAACCUGCUCGACGGUUUCGGUUGGGCCAAGUCCACACUGCACCUCGACUUGUCUGCGCACCUCAAGGAAAGGUUGCGGAGUUCGUCGAUUUCUUUUCGUGCGGCUCCCAUACGCGCCGACAUCCGCUACCAGGCGAUGGUGCGCAUACUCCGACUGUCGGAGGGCUGCUGGCCUGUCGGCGCGAAGCCUGUGUUGAUUCACCUCAAAGAGGGCUUCGUUCACGAGCUACUUUCGGACAGCCCCCAGACACUGAACCACCCAGUAGUGUUUCCUUGUCGUAUUCAGGACGUCGCAUCUCUCGGCGACCACACACCGAUCACUCUCGCUUCGUUUGGACCCUACAGCUUCCCCUCCCCGACGACGGAGUUUCACCACAGCGGUCAGUGGCAGGAAGGGUUCAACGCACGGGGCACGCGUGGACAGGAUUGGUUCCAACGUGAGAUCCUGGCAGAACCCGUUGCGGUACGGUUCGGCCACCAGGAGAAAGUUCAGCUUCCUCGUUUUCAUAGCGUAAUUGGGAAGGGCUUCACGUCUGAAGUCGCCCGCUGCGACGACGAUUUCCCUGUGGACAGGGGCCAGGCGACCUUUUUCCGGGACCUGGACAGUGAGGCCCUGCUGCGCCUAAUCCAUCUGGACCAGCGCCGUCCUCCAACCACGCUGCCUCCGGGGAGUCGCUGGCCGCAGCACCGGCGUUUUCCCUGCGGCGAGGGGCAUCCGGCGGUGCGGUUCGGCGUCGGUACCUGCGAGGGAGAUCUCUUCGCUGGGUGCAGUGCUUGGCCAUGGGCUGAGCCGAGGUUUUUUUAGUAUUGUUUUACGCAACUUUUAUUCAGUUGUAAAUUUCUUUACCAGCAAUUUGUUAGGGUAAUUAUUUCCUCUACUUUACUUUGAACGUUAUGUUCUUAUUGUCUGACUUUGCGCCGUUAUGCUCGCGAUAAAACGCAUCGUAGUGGCGUUUGUACGGUGUCAAAUAAAACGCUGGCGCAUGGUCGAAGGUAGUUUUUUCACCUUCUGUAGUGAUCUUCGGUGUUUGUCUGCGAUGAUGCGCGCUGAAGAGGGUUGCAAUUAUUAUUUCUUUGGUGGUCGUUCUCUCGUUUAGUCGCUAAUGCGACACGUCAUGCAAUGUUCCCAACUGUCUUUACUGGUGCAGUAGGAUAUUGUUUGCAGCCGGUGCAGUCGAGGUGAGAGCGCUUGGCAUCAAAAGACACCGCGGCAUGUCUGUUAGAAGCACGUCUUCUAUUCCUGCAGCCAAAGGGAAUAUGCACGGCUGUCUCUGAUGGUCACUGGUAGAAGGCGCACGUUACCUUUGGCCACGCGCCCCAGUUCUCUCAUUUAGUUUCAAGACGAUACGAGUAUCUCUUGCUUUUUACAUUCUAAGUUGACCAUGUCUGUGGUCGUUCACUAUUCGGUCUUAGAGCUUUUUACGUUUUCUUGUUUAUGAAUUUAUCUGAAAUAAAAUAACGGCAUGUUAUCGUUUUA